GGAAGCUUCCCUGCUUUCAGAUCAUCAGCUGGAUACUAGGGGUUUCACUAUGGCAGGAACAAAACUCCUCUGGUUUGCCUGUUUCUGUGUUGCGGGGAUGUGUGUGGUCACAGCCCAGUCAUCCAGGUCCAAAUCCAAAGCUGGCAAAGGUAAAGACAAUUUGAGAAAUGAGAUUGACAAGCUGUGGCGGGAAGUAAACUUGCUUAAGGAAACACAAGCACUGCAGACUGUCUGCUUGAAAGGGACAAAAGUUCACAAAAAGUGUUACCUGGCGUCCAAAGGCACUAAGAGCUUCCAUGCCGCCAACGAAGACUGCAUCGCCCAAGGAGGAACCUUGAGCAUCCCCCGCAACAGUGACGAGAACAACUCUCUCCGCAGCUAUGCCAAGAAGAGCCUGACCGGGGCGAGAGACUUCUGGAUUGGAGUCAACGACAUGACUUCCGAGGGCAAGUUUGUCGACGUGAAUGGAAUGGCGAUUAACUACUUUAACUGGGACCGUAACGAGCCACGUGGAGGGUCCCGGGAGAACUGUGCGGCAGCAUCCAUUGGCGGCCAAGGCAAAUGGUCGGAUGAAGUGUGCCGUAAUGAGAAAAGCUAUAUCUGUGAAUACCUCAUUCCUUAAAGCAGCUCUAAUAACAGUCCUUUCCAGAGUGGUCAUGGUCAUUACCUUUAGGCAUUUUUUUUCAAUUGAACGUAUCUUAAUGGAUGCACAGGUUUGAAAUACACCGAACAGUGAGGAAUGGAAACUAAUGCUGUGCAGUCACACAUUAAUUGUCAACAUCACUAAAGCUGUCCUUAUUUUUAAACAUUUGUCCACAUUAUUUCCAAAGUCAGCACUUAAUGUCCUUCCUUAUAUGUCCCUGGCACAGGGUGGUUUUUGCUGGUUUAUUUCAGAGUCAACUACUGCAGUGGUCUGGAAUCACAUCUGACAACAUGAGCUUUUAGUAAACAAUCCAGUACUUUAACAGUGGCUAUUAUGGAUGCUCACAUUUAAUUCCAGAUGUGUUCAGUUACCUGAAUUUAAAUUUCCCCAGCUAUCAUGGUUGGACUCAAACUCAUCUCCGCAAUUUGGCUGGCCAGGCUUCUUAACCAUUAUGCUUCCAUAAUGUUGUUCUACACCAAUUGGAAGUGAAUAGCAGGCAGUAUCACCUUCUAGCUUAUUUUCCUUCCUCUCCCUCCACCUUCUUAUUCUGACAUCUUCCCCCUUCCUUUCCAGUCCUGAUGAAGGGUCUCAAUCUGAAAUGUCGACUGUUGAUUCAUUUCCAUAGAUGCUGCCUGGCCUGCUG